CUCAGCCCUAUUUAGACGGGCUGCGUGCAGAGCCCCGGGCACAGGCACCGGGUGCAAUGGGGAACAGCGGCCUGGCUCUCCUCGCCCUGGCGUUGGUGACCCUCGGCACCACGGCACACAGAAAGUGCCAGCUGUCAGGGCUGUGGCAGAACGAGCUGGGCUCCCUGAUGGAAAUCCACGAACGGAGCAAGGACCGAGAGCUCACGGGCAGGUACCUCACUGGCGUGACGGCCACGAGCAACUGCAUCCACCAGGUGCUCCUGCAGGGCUCCUGGCACGGCCCCGCGCGAAGGGUGCUCCCUACCUUCGGCUUCAUCGUCACCUGGGAGAAGUUCUCGAACUCGACCACUGCCUUCGUGGGCCAGUGCUUCAUGGACGAGAGUGGGCAGGAGACACUGAGAACCACGUGGUUGCUGUGGGAGGAGGUCGAAUCUCCAAAGGACGACUGGAAAGCAAUUAGGGUCGGCACCAACGUCUUCACCCGCAGACCGAAUCCAGGCCCGGGCCACAUCCUGGACACCAUGACUCCGUCCUGCGAGUUGCCCCCCUCCGAGGCGCAGUGAACGCGCUCCUGCUCUCAACCUGGAGCCGCCCGGCAUCUCCUGCGUCCUCGUCUCCAUCACGCAGGGGCUGCUGCUGGCCACAGCCACCUCCCCUCCUCUGCGCCCCGCUCGCUGCGACCCCUUCCCCGACUCGCCGCCGCGCCCUGCGUCUCCGUCUCCCCAGGACAGCUCCAGCUCUGGCCGCAGAUGCGCCUCCUCUCGCUGCUGCUCUGGGCUCUUGGGCUUGAGCUCCUGCUGAGCCCCGGCUUUCCCCUCCCUGGACUCUCCCCCGUGAGCCAGGCCCUUCCUGGGACAGCCGCGGGCUGGCUCCCGUCCUCAGCCUGUCACCGACGGCAGAGACCAGCCCAGCUCCUUCGUCCUCCCCGUGGGUGCUCGGGGCUCUGUUCUGCUGACCUCACGUCGGCCCUGCCCGCGCCAUCCUGCACGGCGCCAAGUAAAUGGGUUUUCUAGUGGGGGACAUCAUGUGUGUGAGUUUA